GAAGUCCGAGUCGCCCUGUCGGUCUCUGCGCUUGUUAUUAUGUCCCGGCUCAGCUCGUCUUCUUACACUUUUCCACUCUGGACUUUAAUCCUGUGCUCGGCUUUCUUAAUCGCACCUGUUCAAGGUGAGGUUCUGGUGAUUGGUUCAAGUCUUCCAAUCAUUGCCGCUCCGGGUGAUGAUGUCAUCCUGCCGUGCCACCUGGAGCCCAUGUUCAAUGUCCAGGGUCUGACGGUGGAGUGGUCCAAACCCGACCUGAAGCCCGACCCGUCGGACCGGCUGAGCCGAGUGGAGUACGUUCACCUGUACAGGGACAGGAAGGAGGUCCCCGACAUGAAGAUGGCCUCGUACUUCAGGAGGACGGAGCUGUUCAUGGACGACAUGAAACACGGGAACAUUUCACUGAAAAUCCUGAACGUGUCGGAGGAAGACAACGGCAGAUACAGAUGUUUCAUCCCCAAGCUGCAGAGCCGAGUGAAAGCUGCUGUUGUUGAACUUGUAGUCGAUCCAAAUGUUGCAAAAACCUCAACAAUGGCACCACUACAUCCCAGAAACUUCCAAACUCCAGAUCCUCAGGACACGACUCCAACAAAUGGUCGAUCCAGGGUUGCUGUGGUCGUCGUUGUCGUCACCUUAUUAUUAGUUUUGGCUCUCGCUGGUUUUGCUGCAUAUUUCUCUCACCGCAUUUUUCAGAAACUAAAACAGAAGCAUCAAAAGGAUAAGACACAAAAACAACCACUGCAAGUCUAGAAGUGUAGAUCUUCAGUCAAAUUGGGGAUUUAAACCAGCAUCCACAUGGUGACACUCGACCCAGCAGCACUGAGAUCAUCAUAAGGUCACUCCUACAAAAGGAUGUGAGCCUGAUUUGAACUUUGACCCCAGCUGAAGACUCGAGCCUCAUCCAGCUUAUUUAUCGAGCUCAUUUUCACACAAAGAAAGUGUCAUAAAAGAAAACAGAGAGUGGAAGAUCAGAGGAUCUAAACAGGAAAUAUUUCUUAAAGAAGUCUUCAGUCAGAGUGGCUGCUGUCAGACUCUGGAGGAUCUGCUUGGAAACAAGCAGUGAAACUGAUGGAUUUCCUCCUUCAAUACAAAACUGUGAAGUUCAGCCUGGAGAAGAAACACUCCUCUGCCUCACUGUCAGCGUGUUUAAUGAAUAUUUAUUUAGUCUUUACCUCACUGGUUAAGGUGCACUUAAAUCUUUCAGUGACACCUCAAAGUGUCUCUGAUGGACAAAUUAAAGGGUUUAAUUCCUCCCUGAUCAUCACUGUGCUGGACUGACAUAGAGCAUUGUCAAACCUCAGCAGGGUUGGAAGGAUUUUCAUAGCAUUAAAGGAAAUUUGUCACAUUUGUGACACAGAUAAUGUGGAAAUAUGGAAAUAAAAGAUCACCUGAACACUGUGAUGGAAACUCGCCUGCAGACUUUGAAAUAACAGGAACAGGAUUUAUGGAGCUCACAUUAAGCACUCCUUUGUUUUACUGACCUCACUGUAUGAAUGCAAACUUUGUUAGUACAGUUUGUGAGCUCUGACUGUUUUUCUUACUUCACAUGUUUGUAGACUUUUUCUACCAUCUUUAAUGUCUCAGAGAAACAAGCUGAACACUUUAAGUAACUGCUGCACUUUAUAAACAGAAAAAAGCUGAUUUAUACUCUAGGUUUUUAAAGCUACAACUAAUUUAUUACAUUUACUGUGAAACUUCCUGCUGGUUGGGACUCGAUGUUCAGACUUUAACGUCAUAGUCUGAUUUGUGACUUUGUGCUUUCACUGCCUUUAAGCCAAAGUCAGUGUUUCGCUCACAGACAGAUGAGUGUGUGAUGAAACAAGCUUAAACUUCAUCAUGAGAAUAAAAACAUUUAAAUAUGACCUGAAAGAGUUUCUUGGAUUCUUUGAUUUUCAAGCCUCUUCUUGACAUUUUGUUACAAUUUGUGUGUUUUCUUGUUUUUACAUCUAAUACCUCGUCCUAUUAUUUAAUUAAUAUAAGUUAUGUAUUUAUUGUUGUCAUGUGUCGUUUCAUGUUUGCAUUUGAUGACGUUUUCAAACAUUUGAACCAAAUGACCUGUUUAAAAACUUGAGUGUUUUGUUUCAU